GGAAUUGAGAUUUCGAUGGAGUGUGACAUUACGAACAUAAAAAUCAACAUAGUUUCAGGUCUUUUAGCUGAAUGCAUGUAUAUCAAUAAUGACACGUUAUUUUGCCAAACUGCGGAAUCGGUGCAAUAUCACCACAAUAGCAGUGGAGUUUUGACAAUUACUACUCCAUUUAACCACACGAUCUAUGCUGGUAACACACUGUGGGUGAACUCUACCUGUUUUAACAGCAGCAGCGUCCAUGAAAAUAUUCUUCUCAAGCCUUGUCUUUCUGGGUUUCAUACAAUGGCAUACCAUAACAACACGCAUGUUACAAUUUCCUGUGAGCAUACGUCAUUCAGGUUUUCCAACCAUGGUAUACGCAUUGUUGGCGAAAACGAUUUGGCACACUGCAGCUGGAAUAAAGGAAAUCAAACGAACAAUUGUCACGGAGAUGCUGAAGCUCUUGCCAAUGGCGUAAAGUACACUUCACUAUAUACCCGAGGAAUGAACAUAACAUGUAAAUUCGACGGACAGUCAGUAGAUAUUGCUCCUCAACAACAAACAACAAUGCAAACAACGAAUAUGACACCCAGCACCACCAAAACACCACUGAGUUCAACUUCAUCGCAGAGUCAUGAGAACGGAUCCCGGAGUCCAGAUAACGGACAAACAAAAGUGAUCUGCCCCGUUUCGAUUAUCUCUAUUUUGUGUAUCUUGUAUUUCAUUCACAGAGAUAUAUUUAUCUGAGAACAGCCGAAUCAAAAGGAAGGAGGUUCAUAUAUCCCUUGUGAUAUAUAUGUCUACUGAACCCUCCGUCUGUCAAUCACAGUUUCCAUCGUGUACAAGAAAUUCGAAAAAAAAAAUCGAAAAUGAUUUCAUAUCAUAAUAUUCAUCGUGGAACCACUGUGCUGUCGAACCUUUUUUAGUUUAAUCAAGAUUAUGUUGGCUAUUUAGCUGAAUAACAAGAGGAGCGAUCUGAAUGUGAAUUGUUUCUCUUAGAGACAACGAUGAGACACAGGUUUACUCUGCUGGA